UGAAUUUUUAGGUUAAGUGGCAAAAAAUGUCUAAACUGUUAAGCAGCGUUUGUGCGUUUAAGUUAAACCCAGCGGUUGCUUAUCGUUUUUAUGGCACCAAAGUUCCACUUAAUAAAGAAUGGGCCGCGCUGGCAAAGAAACAGUUACGUGGUUCUGAUCCAGAAGAUAAGUUAACAUGGAAAACACCAGAAGGAAUCUCAUUGAAGCCUUUGUAUUCAAAAGAAGACACCGAUGCAAUGCAAGAUGAGUUACCAGGUAAGUUCCCAUACACACGGGGACCAUAUCCAACUAUGUAUGCGAACAGACCUUGGACAAUCAGGCAAUAUGCAGGCUUUAGUACAGUGGAAGAAAGCAAUAAGUUCUACAGAGACAAUAUAAAAGCGGGGCAACAAGGUUUGAGCGUGGCGUUUGACCUUGCCACGCAUCGAGGUUACGACUCCGAUAACCCAAGGGUGAAAGGUGACGUUGGCAUGGCGGGCGUGGCUAUUGAUUCAGUCGAGGAUAUGAAGAGGUCGUAUUAUAACACCUACCCCCACAGAUUUAACAGCAUAUCAAUAAGUGGAUACCACAUACAAGAAGCGGGAGCAGACGCAGUGUUGGAGCUGGCUUAUACAAUUGCUGAUGGAAUUCAAUAUUGUAGAACAGGAAUAAAGGCUGGGCUCGACAUCGAUAACUUUGCUCCUCGUCUUUCUUUCUUCUGGGGAAUCGGCAUGAACUUUUACAUGGAGAUCGCGAAGCUGAGAGCUGCACGAAGGUUGUGGGCGCAUCUUAUAACGAAGCUGUUUCAACCAAAGAACCCAAAGUCUUGUCUGCUAAGAACGCAUAGUCAAACAUCAGGGUGGUCACUAACAGAACAAGACCCUUACAACAAUGUGAUAAGGACAACUAUUGAGGCGAUGGCAGCUGUGUUUGGUGGGACGCAGUCCUUACAUACAAACUCAUUCGACGAAGCGCUUGGUUUACCUACUGUUACAAGCGCAAGGAUAGCAAGAAACACUCAGAUUAUUUUGCAAGAAGAAACCGGUAUACCACACAUAGUAGACCCAUGGGGAGGUUCUUAUAUGAUGGAAAAUUUGACCGAUGAUAUUUAUGAAGCGGCACUUAAUGUGAUAAACGAGAUAGAAGAACUUGGAGGAAUGGCUCAAGCUGUUGGAGAUGGAAUUCCUAAACUAAGGAUUGAGGAGUGUGCGGCAAGAAGACAAGCAAGGAUAGACUCAGGAAAUGAGGUCAUAGUCGGCGUGAAUCAUUAUCGACUUGCGAAAGAAGAGCCACUAGAUGUCCUCGCUAUUGAUAACACGUCGGUUCGAGAGGGUCAGAUACAAAAAAUCAAAGAUGUCCGAGCUAAAAGGGAUGAGAGGAAAGCCACUGAAUGUUUGGAAGCUUUAGAGGAAGCUGCAAGAGGAUCCGGCAACUUACUCGAACAUGCAGUAAAUUGCUCCCGUGCUCGAUGUACUGUGGGUGAAAUAUCAUCGGCGAUGGAAUCGGUGUUUGGGAGGCAUUUAGCCGUGGAUAGACUCGUUAGUGGAGCUUACAGGAAUGAGUUCGGUGACAGUGAUGAGAUCUCUACUGCCCUCAAGAGGGUUGAAAAGUUCCACGAAAGUGACGGAAGAAGGCCUCGUAUCCUCGUGGCGAAGAUGGGGCAAGACGGACACGAUAGGGGCGCGAAAGUGAUCGCUACGGGGUUCGCUGAUCUAGGGUUCGAUGUUGACGUGGGACCCCUGUUUCAGACACCCACGGAAGUUGCACAACAAGCGAUAGACGAUGACGUACAUUGCGUCGGGGUCAGCUCGUUGGCUGCAGGGCAUAAAACGUUGGUGCCAGAGUUGAUUGAAGAACUGGAGAACCAUGGGAGGCCUGAUAUACUGGUGGUUGCUGGGGGAGUGAUCCCACCCCAGGAUUACGACUUUUUAUACGAAGCAGGCGUCGCUUGUAUCUUCGGACCUGGUACACGGCUCCCUCUAGCGGCCGUGGAAGUCGUUGAUUUGAUCGAGAAGAAUAUUGAAAAUCGGAAACAAGCAGCGUGAUUGUUGUUUAUUGUUUUGUAAUGAAAUGAGGUUUUGUAUUAUAAAGAACAAACAAAGAAGUAUCUACACCCAGCGUUGUUCAGCGUAGAUAUUUCUUUGUUUGUUUUUCUAAGCAGCAUUUACCUUACAGCGUAGCUCGCCUCGGCGUAAAGUGAACAAACUUUGUUAUUUUAUAAGUAACAUUAUUUAUUGCAUUCUUUUUAAAACUAAACUUACACGAAUUUAAAGCAAAACAGUUGAUAGAAUCAGUUCUUGUCUAUUAAAUACAAAUUCCAAAACUAAUCUUGAAAAAAGAUUUUUUCAUAUAUACUAUGUAUCUAAACAUUCUUUGGCUUUUUGUGCUGUUUGUCUUUCCCAUUUCUAAUUUUAACUUUCUUUAGCAAGACUUUGAUUUGUGUGGUGUAUAAUACAUUGCCUUUUUAUUUAUUAGUUUGUGCCUUUGCUUAUGUGUUUUAUAGUAGGGUAGGGGAAGACGGGACACCUUUAACAAAUAAUAUUCAAAUAUCCUGAUCGUGUUUUAAACAAUUACCAAAGGUCUAUGGAAGUUGGUUUCAUAAUUCUUUGAAUGUUCUUUGUUUAGUACUGAAUGGUAUGGAAAAAAUAGAGUUAAAAUGUGCCCCAUCUUCUCCCACCCUACUAUAUUUGUCUUUAAACACUGUUGAUAAGCAUGAAGACAUAUUGUUAUUCAGUGCUAUGCUUGUAGGGCGUAAAUAAAUUGGAAAAUUG